UUUCACCUCCAAACGCUCGCUUGCUGGUCUGAAUUCGGUGGCGCCACGUCCCUCUGUCUCCGCCUUUUGCACCGCAGCUUGGGUGGUUUCCGCUUCGACACCUUACACUCGUGGAGCCGACCGCGUUGUGAGGGGGCCGGGACGGGGAGUCGGGCGGCUGUGCGGCGUCCUGGCCACGUAAGAGGCGAAGAUGUCGGACAUCGGGGAUUGGUUCAGGAGCAUCCCGGCUAUCACGCGCUAUUGGUUUGCCGCCACCGUCGCGGUGCCCUUGGUCGGCAAACUCGGUCUCAUCAGUCCGGCCUACUUUUUCCUCUGGCCCGAAGCCUUUCUCUAUCGCUUCCAGAUUUGGAGGCCAAUCACUGCCACCUUUUAUUUCCCUGUGGGUCCAGGAACUGGAUUUCUCUAUUUGGUCAAUUUAUAUUUCUUAUAUCAAUAUUCUACACGACUUGAAACAGGAGCUUUUGAUGGGAGGCCAGCAGACUAUUUAUUCAUGCUCCUCUUUAACUGGAUUUGCAUCGUGAUUACUGGCUUAGCAAUGGAUAUGCAGUUGCUGAUGAUUCCUCUGAUCAUGUCAGUGCUUUAUGUCUGGGCCCAGCUGAACAGAGACAUGAUUGUAUCAUUUUGGUUUGGAACACGAUUUAAGGCCUGUUAUUUGCCGUGGGUUAUCCUUGGGUUCAACUAUAUCAUCGGAGGCUCGGUAAUCAAUGAGCUAAUUGGAAAUCUUGUUGGACAUCUUUAUUUCUUCCUAAUGUUCAGAUACCCAAUGGAUUUAGGAGGAAGAAAUUUUCUAUCCACACCUCAGUUUUUGUACCGCUGGCUGCCUAGCAGGAGAGGAGGGGUGUCAGGAUUUGGUGUGCCCCCUCCUAGCAUGAGGCGAGCUGCUGACCAGAACGGUGGAGGUGGGAGACACAACUGGGGACAGGGCUUCCGUCUUGGGGACCAGUGAAGGAGUGGCCUCUGGCCUGCCCACCAGCUUCUCUGCACAGAUGAAUUUUCCUCCCAGUGCUGGGUGUGCUUAACCAAGUUCUAGCAAAUGCCCUUGGACCUGACCCACACUGAAUGUAGUCUUUCAGUACAAGACAAAAUUUUUUAAAUCCUGAAGAAAAAUAUAAGUGUUCCUCAGGUUUGAUGAUUCUCAUUCAAGUCCUUACUGCUCCGAAGAACAAUAGCAACUGUGCUAAUUUCAGAACUGGCUGUAUGUUUUGGUGUCUUCUCUUCCUUUUCCGUCUGAAUAAUGGGCUUUGGCAGGUCCUGGUCUGUUGGCACCAAGCUGGGCAUCUGGGGUUGGGUCACCAAACAUUUGUCAAAGGGACUCUUAGGUCUUUCUUGCCCACAUGCCUCCCUCCUGCUCUUCCUAACCCCCAAAUUUGCAACUAGAGGAGGUUGCCCAUAAAAUGGUUCUGCCUUUGACAGGCUUUCUUAUUUAUUGACUUUUGCCAAGGCUUGGUCACAAAGAACUUGUUUACAUCACCUGCCCCCACCUUUGGUGGCAGAACUGUAGCAGUAGGAGAGAAAACUGGAGCAGCGGAUGAAGAGCUUUCUCAACUUUUGGAAUUGCUGUGACCCGUAUCAGUUGCAGCCAUUUGCCCUCUCUUCAGAUGGUUUUAUAAAAAGCACCACUGAGUCAGUGAGGGCCACAGAUUUGUAUAAAUGAGGCAUGAGGGUUGUUGCUAGGCAUUGUUUUCCUAAGUUAAGUGAUCAAAACUAUAGUGGAGUUGCAUCUUACACAGGGGCUAGGUUUAAACUGUGGUGGGCAUAAUCCCUUUGCAUCUCGUGUAGGGCAUAGUGGCGUUGUGUGUACCCAGAGUAGUUGGAUUAUAUUGUGCUAGAAAGUACCAAAUCACAUUUGCUCAGGGAAAUGCUCUCUCUGAGAGGUACCUGGGCAUUGAUGCCAUUUCAUUCUCAUUCUGGAUGUAUGUUAUUGAGUAUGGAGUGGGGAACCUGAUACCCUAUUUCAAUUGUCGUAUUUUGGUGCCCCUUCCUCCUUUUAAGUGGACAUGUCCUUCAGUUAAUUGUGAGGAAUGUGCAGCACCUCUGUAACAUAGAUCAUAUUUGAAGAGCUAAAUAAGCUCAUAUAAGUGAAUCACAUAAUUUCGGGUUGUAAUGGCUUUAGAAUCAUUUGUGUUUGAGGGCCUCUUUUGAGUCGUGAAUAUACAAGUCACAAAUAUAUACAUCAGAACAGCUUAAAUACCCACAGCGUUGUUUUCAUAGGUGGGCUUUUUCCAUGAGAGCUAGGCUUGCUUGUCACCAAAUAAAGUUUUUUGAAGGCCAUGGUGUUUCACAUAGUUCCCUUGUUUUAUGUUUUUAUUCUGAAAGCAGACUCCCAGGAGCAGUGUUGAGUGGCUGCCAUACUUUGGGUCAACUAAAAAGGCUUUGAACAUUGUGAUCAGUUUCUUUCUGGAAGGAGCCUUGUGCUGUAACACGUUGCUGGAGCUUUGCGCCUGGGCUUGGCUAGUGUGGUAUAAUAGUGAUGUGUGGUAUACUCGGACGUGGGGAUUUGAAAACAGCUCAUUUUUAAUAAUGUUUACUUGUGUACCUCUCCAUAUUUGAAUGAUAAAACGGGGGGCAGGGAGAAUCUGAACCUUACCUGUCACAUGUUCUGAUGUUGACCUGUGGCCACAAUAAAAUUCACUUGUAAAAUUUUAGAAGCCAUCGUUCCUGCUAUGUUGCAUGUGCACCUCAUUGUACAGGCGUGGAAACCCAUGGUAUGUGUAAGAAGAUUCUCAUGGUAAGUGAGCUGGAGUCUCUACAUGCCCUCUUAGCAGCUCAACUGCCUGAGAGCAGUAGUUUUUCUAAAAGUUACAAGUGUUCUUUAUAGAAUUCUUCAGUUAAAGGCAAAAUGUUCAUUACAUUCUUCCUCUUAACACACUUAGGAAGCUGAUAAUUUUAUUAAUCUUGUCUGGAUUUCCUACCUUCUUUGGAAUGAUUUUAGCCAAGCAAGCUCUUUGAGAUUUGAUUUGAUAAGGAAAGAUACGACAGUGGAUUCUCUUUAUGAAUGAAAAAAAUCCUGAUUUUGUAUAGAGAAACUACUCUUUUGUAACAUCCUUUUUAUUGGUCAAAAUUGUAAAUUAAAAUGUACAACUUGA